AUGAAAACUCAAUCUUCGGACAAACCCUUUGGGUUUGAUUGUCUAUAUUAUCGUGUAACUAAAGAAAAAUUAGCUUAUCAAGAAUUAUCAAAUAUAAUCAACGAAUUAAUUCCACAUUGUUUUCGACCAAUAAAUACAAGCGAAAGUUUAUUUCGAAAUCUUGUUAAUAAACGAGAUCAAUAUUUAACAUUUGAAGAAUUACGUAUUUCAAAUAUAAGCAUAGAAGAAUUAAUAUCAUGGUCAGCUCCAAUUGAUUUAGUUGAAAAAUAUCAAUUGUAUUUAGAUGAAAUGGAUUUAUCGUUAUCUAAUGAAUUAUAUUAUAAUUGUUCAAAACCAUGGUUUGGUUUAAAAUGUCAAUAUUCAUUUGAAUAUAGUGAAUAUAUGUCAAUAAAUGAUAUUGUUGAAAAUGAAUUUAAUAUUAAAUAA